GUUGGGCGAUGCGGACGUACAUGCCAGGCAGCAACUAUAAGCGCAUAAUACUAUAGAAUAUUCGCAAAAGUUGCAAAGAGGAAGUGAUAUUUUUGAAACGUGUGGUAAAAAUCUCAAAUACGACUCAGUGAGAAUUUGUAAGGUAACCGCGAAAGUGUACAGCAUCGAAGCUCGCGUAACAAGUGCGAAAGUGUUUUAUAAAUUUUGAAUCAAUGCGGUUUAUGUGAUUUGCUUAUAAAACAGGCGAAUAACUUUGAACUUUAACUGAAUUCAAAUGCAUUGAACUGGUAAAACGUAUUAUAGCAUUUUGGCUGAGCGCACAUAUACAUACAUACAUUCACUUGUACACGUGUGUGGGCGUGAAGCUCAAACACUGAGCUACUAAUGCAGCUACUUAGCACAACCAUCUCAUAUUGAGCCUGACAAUUUCGUGGCAAAGCUAUACUACCUUGACUACGGUGCUGUCGGCUAACCGUGCACUUGUUUGCAUUGAAAUUCUUUCUUCUACUACUUUUGGCGUAUAUCCGCUGUGACAAGAUGCAUUCGCCUGUCACUAAAGUGACAGGAUUCGUGGCCCUGAUGAUUGUGCAAAUAAUUUUACUUGCACUCUUUUGGCUGUUCGUGCGCUACGGCAAUGAAGCAUUACCAAGCGAUGAAGGCAAAGAAUUACGUGAACAACACGUUUCCAUAUAUCCACCUUUCCAAGAUGUGCAAGUGAUGAUCUAUAUUGGCUUCGGUUUUCUGAUGACUUUCUUGCGCAAAUAUGGCUACAGUGCAACUGGUUAUACGCUCUUCUUAGCUGCGUUAGUCGUACAGUGGUCUAUUUUGGCGAAAGGAUUCUUUAAUAUGGAAGAUGGAAAAAUUAGCUUAUCGCUGGAAAACAUAGUCGAUGCUGAUAUUGCAGCUGCCGUUCCACUGAUUAGCAUGGGUGCAUUAUUGGGACGUACGACGCCCAUUCAACUGCUAUUCAUGGCUAUCAUUGAAAUAGUGCUAUUUGCAGCCAACGAAUAUGUCGCAUUGAACAUUUUUAGCAUAAGUGAUGUCGGUGGUUCAAUUACAGUGCAUGCAUUCGGUGCGUACUUUGGUCUGGCUGUGAGUCUGAUGCUACGCCCUGGCAAGGACCGGAACGAAGCAGGCAAAUACGAAGGAGCCAAUUAUACAUCAGAUAUCUUUGCCAUGGUCGGAACAUUGUUCCUGUAUGUGUAUUGGCCAAGUUUUAAUUCGGUGUUGGCCGAUGGCAGUGGUCAAGAGCGUGCCAUACUCAACACGUAUUUAUCAUUAGCAGCGGCAACAGUUACAACAUUUAUAGUGUCGGCACUUGUUAGUCACGAGAACAAAUUGGAUAUGGUGCAUGUGCAAAAUUCAACAUUGGCAGGUGGUGUUGCCAUCGGCACUGUUUGUAAUUUGCUAGUUGGUUCACACGGCGCUAUACUAAUUGGCAUCAUUGCCGGCUGCAUUUCGGUGCUGGGUUAUCGUUACCUCUCGCCCCUCAUCACAGCAACACUGGGUAUUCAUGACACUUGUGGCGUUCAUAACUUGCACGGUAUGCCGGCUAUUAUAUCAGCCAUUGCCUCAGCCAUCUUCGCCAGUUUUGUCACAAAAGAAAAUUACAAAUCCGAGUUGGGACAAAUAUUUCCAGCUAUGGCUGCUGCCCCACAGAAUAGUACUUCAACAAUGAUACUUGGGGGCUAUGACCGCACCGCCUCUGCUCAGGCUGGCUAUCAGCUUUGCGGCAUUGCAGUUACCUUGCUGGUGGCUAUUGUUGGAGGAAUUUUAACAGGCGCUGCGCUGAAAUAUACCGGCAUGCGCACUUUGUCAAAGGACGAGCAACAUCAGGAUGAAUUGUUCUGGGAAGUGCCCGAGCACAAAGAAGAUUAGUAAAGUGAAAAAUUCUGGAUUGUGCUUUGUUUUUGUUUUUUGUGUUUUUUUUUAUUUGAAAGUAUUCAAUACUUCGUAUGUAGAUUACUUAGUAAUAGAAGCAGUGCAGCAGUGGCUCUGAACUUCUAUAUAGUCCAACAAUUUAUGUUAUUUGUAUGCGUUUAUGCUUUGUAACCAUUUUUACUAGUUGUUAGAUAGUUUUUAUUUCCACAUUUUUAUGUCAACACUUAGUUAUUUCUAAACUACUGCAUUUGUACAGUAAAAUCGAAUAUGUAUUAUGUUUUAUACAAAAACGAAAAAUUUUGAAGAAUUUUCAGACCUAUUGCAAAUAUAAUAAAUGUAUGCACACGAGGGUUGCUAUUUAUAUUUCUGGAUUCAAGCGAUUCUAGUGAUGUCAGGCACCAACUGUCAUUUCCAUUGGAAAGUUUGACCCAAGUCAGAACGUUGUGCCAGAAACAUAAAGGGUAGCCCUCGUAUUUGUUUGAAACUGUAA